GCUACAGUGCGUACAGGAGACUAACCUUGCGUGAGCAGGCUUAAAAAUAAGCCUGUUCAGCGACACCGCCUGCUGAGCCUGGGGCGUUCUGCCGCUGAGAGCUCUAAAGAAAGCUCUAAAUUUAGAGCUUUUGCCCAUCCGCCCAGAGAUUAUAGGCAGUCGACAACUGCUUCGAUCAUCUAUCUCGACAGCGGCAGUCACAGUCACUUUCAAGCACGCGCACCUCUCCAGCGCAACAAUACCGGCAGUCUCAACCGAGCUUCGCAUAUCGGAAAAUGGGCCUCUUCGACUUCUUCUCCUCCCCCGACGCCAAGCGCAAGGAGGAGGUCCGCUCCGGCGCGGUCGUCCCGGACCGAUCGGAGCGCAAGAGGUGUUGGGAUGCCCGCGACAGCUUCUACCAGUGCCUCGACAAGCACAAUGUCAUAGACUCCACCAAGGGCGCCGGGAAGGCCACGGCGGACAAGGAGUGCGCAAAGGAGAACAAGCAGUUUGGAGAGGACUGCGCCACGGCUUGGGUCAAAUACUUUAAGCAGUACCGUGUCGCCGAUUACCAGAAGAAGCAGACCCUCGAGAGGUUAAAGAAGGAGGGUGCCAACAAGAUGGCUAUCGAAGCUGGCGCAGAGAAGAAAUAAGACUGGGACCUCACACUAUAUUCCUCCGUGGUUCCAAGCAAAGAUCUCCCGAUCGUCUGUUGCGGGUGUUGAGACGCAACUGUAUAAUAGUUCUGUACAAUAUGUUUGUACAUACUUCACCGGAGUUUUGGGCAUAUAAAAAACAAAAGCACUGGUUCGGUCGGCAUCUCUCCCUUUAUCUACUCGCUAGCACUUACGACUCUCUCAAAUAUAUAUAAAUGCUAGAAAUCAAAUAAGUGAUAAAAUCGGUGCUAAUGGCAGACGCAAUAAAUUGUGCAUCCUCCUAACAUCAUCUUACGGAUAGCAUUGCCAAUACAUAUUACAGAAAAGAGAAAAGAAAAACUGCUGGAAUAACACAUGAUACGAGUCAACACGUCUUCUCUUCGACUGUUUCUAAC